AUGGUAAUGUUCACCUUCAUCAGAAGUGCAUGCUUUAUUUCAUUAUUAUCCGGGUUGAUUGGCGUGCUCAAAGCCACCAAAGAUACAAAUUCUGGAUCUUCUCAUGAUCGCGUUCCAUCAACAGCUAGUCUGAAAAGCGCUUCAACUGGUUCUUCCGAUGUACGGAUGACCAAAUUGCAGCUGGGGUACUUGCCUGAAACUGGCAAGGGUGUAGGUACUUCAACUCAACCAAAAAGCAAAAAGCGCAAAGAUAUGUCAGCCAGCUCGGAUCAAAGCAAAAAACAAUUGCGAUUCGAUCCGUUACACUCUCCAUACAAAGGAGGUGAUAACAAGCUCUUGCAACUGAUCGAAGAAAUGCCUGGGAUCGGUAAAGCGCAAAGACAAUCGAUAAUUGUUAAGGAAGAACUAUUAGGAAGAAUCUCAAAAGCACGCAAGUUUCCACUUCAUCCAGUCAAAACAAAUGAUUGGGAUAGAGAAAAGCUCAAACGUAAGCUUUUGGAUACCGAAAGGGUUAAACGAAGACCUUUGGCUCAAUUGCGUGGUUCAAAAACGCAAAGUUCGACUACAGGUUUGAUUCAGUUGGGCUCCGAUACUGGCAGUAGUCACAGUAAACAUACUGAUCUGGAUACGAAUCUUAGCUUGAGUAGAUCAAAUACCUUUUCAAGUCCCCAAACAUUCACCUCACCAAGAGCAAGUAGUGCAGUGAACCCUAGUUCUAGCAGUGGUAGCAUAGACACUGGAGCAAGACCCAGAACAUAUUAGUGAUGCGUGUAUAUCUCUUUGUUCAGCCUCUUUCUUGAUUCGAUUAAAUGAUUCAUA